CCGCGGGCCGGGAUCAUGAAAGGCCUCGGCGACAGCCGCCCCCGCCACCUCUCCGACAGCCUGGACCCACCGCACGAGCCCCUGUUCACAGGGCCUGACCGCAACCCCUACCUGCUGUCACCCACGGAGGCCUUCGCCCGCGAGGCCCUUCCCGGAGCGAGCGCGCUGCCGGGGGACGGCCUGUUCCCCCUCAACAACCAGCUGCCGCCGCCCAGCAGCACCUUCCCACGCAUCCACUACAACUCCCACUUCGAGGUGCCAGAGGAGAGCCCCUUCCGCCAUGCCCAGGCCACCAAGAUCAACCGGCUGCCCGCCAACCUCCUGGACCAGUUCGAGAAGCAGCUGCCCAUCCACCGGGAUGGCUUCAGCACACUCCAGUUCCCCCGCGGCGAGGCCAAGGCCCGCGGCGAGAGCCCAGGCCGCAUCCGGCACCUGGUCCACUCGGUGCAGCGGCUCUUCUUCACCAAGGCCCCCUCGCUGGAGGGCACGGUGGGCAAGGCCGCUGGCAAUGGCAGCAAGAAAGGUGGCUUGGAGGACAGCAAGGGCCGCAGGGCUAAAAGCAAGGAGCGGGCCAAGGCCGGGGAGCCCAAGCGGCGCAGCCGCUCCAACAUCUCGGGCUGGUGGAGCUCCGACGACAACCUGGACGGCGAGGCCGGUGCCUUCCGCAGCAGCGGCCCAGCCUCCGGGCUGAUGACGCUCGGGCGCCAGGCGGAGCGCAGCCAGCCGCGCUACUUCAUGCACGCCUACAACACCAUCAGCGGGCACAUGCUCAAAGCCACCAAGAACACCGCCACCGAGCUGGCCGCCCCGCCACCCCCACCGGCACCCCCGGCCACCUGCCCCAGCCUUGGGGUGGGCACGGACACCAACUACGUCAAACGGGGCUCCUGGUCCACUCUGACCCUCAGCCACACCCACGAGGUCUGCCCUAAGACCUCAGCCACCUUGGACAAGAGCCUGCUCAAGUCCAAAUCCUGCCACCAGGGUCUAGCCUACCAUUACCUGCAGGUGCCCGGCGGCGGCGGCGAGUGGAGCACCGCGCUGCUGUCCCCGCGCGAGGCCGACGCUGCGGCCGAGGGGCCCAUCCCGUGCCGGCGCAUGCGCAGCGGCAGCUACAUCAAGGCCAUGGGCGACGAGGACAGCGACGAGUCGGGCGGCAGCCCCAAGCCUUCGCCCAAGACCGCGGCGCGGCGCCAGAGCUACCUGCGGGCCACGCAGCAGUCGCUGGGAGAGCAGAGCAACCCCCGCAGGAGUCUGGACCGGCUGGAUUCAGUGGAUAUGCUGCUGCCUUCCAAGUGCCCCAGCUGGGAAGAGGACUAUAACCCCAUCAGCGACAGCCUCAAUGACUCCAGCUGCCUCAGCCAGAUUUUUGGACAGGCCUCCCUGAUCCCCCAGUUGUUUGGCCAUGAGCAGCAGGUGCGGGAGGCAGAUCUGAGUGACCAGUACGAGGCAGCCUGCGAGUCAGCCUGCAGCGAGGCCGAGUCGGCAGCAGCCGAGGCGCUCGACUUGCCGCUGCCCAGCUACUUCCGCUCCCGCAGCCACAGCUACCUGCGGGCAAUCCAGGCAGGCUGCUCACAGGAGGAGGAGGACAGUGUCUCCCUGCAGUCCCUCUCCCCACCGCCCAGCACUGGCAGCCUCAGCAACAGUCGCACACUUCCGAGUUCAUCAUGCCUAGUGGCGUAUAAGAAGACCCCGCCACCUGUCCCUCCACGUACCACAUCAAAGCCGUUCAUCUCAGUCACGGUCCAGAGCAGUACCGAGUCCGCCCAGGACACCUACCUGGACAGCCAGGACCACAAGAGCGAGGUUACAAGCCAGUCGGGCCUGAGCAACUCAUCGGACAGCCUGGACAGCAGUACUCGACCGCCCAGUGUGACACGGGGCGGAGUCACCUCAGCCCCUGAGGCCCCGGAGCCACCCCUAAAACAUGCAGCUCUGAAGAGUGGUGAACAAGGGACGCUGACCAGUUCCGAGGCCCACCCUGAGGCCAUCCCCAAGAGGAAACUGUCAUCGAUAGGAAUACAAGUUGACUGCAUUCAGCCAGUGCCAAAAGAGGAGCCCAGUCCCGCUACCAAAUUCCAGUCCAUCGGGGUUCAGGUAGAGGACGACUGGCGAAGCAGCGCCCCCUCUCACAGCAUGUCCUCCCGACGGGACACUGACUCGGACACCCAGGACGCCAAUGACUCGAGCUGUAAGUCGUCAGAGAGGAGCCUUCCGGACUGUACCCCACACCCCAACUCCAUCAGCAUCGAUGCCGGCCCCCGGCAGGCCCCCAAGAUUGCUCAGAUCAAGCGCAACCUCUCCUAUGGAGACAACAGCGACCCUGCCCUAGAGGCGUCCUCGCUGCCCCCACCCGACCCCUGGCUCGAGACCUCCUCCAGCUCCCCAGCAGAGCCUGCCCAGCCAGGGGCCUGCCGCCGGGACGGCUACUGGUUCCUGAAGCUACUUCAGGCAGAAACGGAGCGCCUGGAAGGCUGGUGCUGUCAGAUGGACAAGGAGACCAAAGAGAACAACCUCUCUGAAGAAGUCUUAGGAAAAGUCCUGAGUGCUGUGGGCAGCGCCCAGCUACUGAUGUCCCAGAAAUUCCAGCAGUUCCGGGGCCUCUGCGAGCAGAACUUGAACCCUGACGCCAACCCACGCCCAACAGCCCAGGACCUGGCAGGGUUCUGGGACCUGCUACAGCUGUCCAUCGAGGACAUCAGCAUGAAGUUUGAUGAGCUCUACCACCUCAAGGCCAACAGCUGGCAGCUGGUGGAGACCCCCGAGAAGAGGAAGGAAGAGAAGAAACCACCCCCUCCAGUCCCAAAGAAGCCGGCCAAGUCGCGGCCGGCAGUGAGCCGUGACAAGGCCUCCGACGCGGGGGACAAGCAGCGUCAGGAGGCCCGCAAGAGACUGCUGGCGGCCAAGCGGGCAGCGUCCGUGCGGCAGAACUCGGCCACGGAGAGCGCAGACAGCAUCGAGAUCUAUGUCCCCGAGGCCCAGACCCGGCUCUGAGACCGUGGAGAGGGAGGGGGACGGUUUCAGACCAUUAAAAACACACACACACACACUACAUGCGUGGGACACUCUUCUCAGCCUUUAGUACGGCUGUUUUCUCUAGAGACCCUGAGCCAACUUUGAAAUUGACGCAUCCAAGGGCUCACAAUUUGGCUUUCUCGGGUCCCUCCCAGCUUUAGUUAUGAAGACUUCUCACACAAAACAUCAACAGAAACCCCAAAACUAAAAACUCGUUUCCUCUUGCUGGCCAAGGCGGGCUAGACCAACGGACUGCAGCAGCGCCCCGCCCGGCCUCAGCGUGCGGCUCUCGCCUGGCUGCCGACCCAGGACUCCGACCAGCUCCUCACAGGACGACCACGCCCGGGGCAGCCAUGGGCGCCUGCCACGCCCCCGCCCCUGGCUCCCCUGUGCCGACCUUGGAUUUCGUUUCAUUCUUACGUUUUUCUUUCCCUUCAGAGCUCACACAGGGGUCACCUCGUGGCUAGCGGCUUUGUGCUUCUCAGCCCUCGUGGUGGCUGAGGGCCCAGAGGACAGAGAUGGACACGCAUCCCCUCCCCUACCACGCACGCACACACGCACACAGACGGAGCUGCCCUUCGGCCCCUGGGGGCGGAAACGAGAGGAGGCCGCGGCCGUCACGCCAGGCCCUGCCUUUUUCUUCUCUCCAGCAAAGGAAAGUGAGGACUCAGAGGGGCGGCCCCGUUUUCCCGGGGGCUGCCUGUCCUGGGCCGCGCCGUGUCUGUACGUAUGUGUACAUAUGCACAUAGACCCUCAAGUGUAUAUUAACAAACGCCAUCUGCCCACCCAUGCCCACCAGCGCCGCCGCCGCCACCGGCUCUCGGGGCACCUGGCAGGAGGCGGGGGGUGUGAAUAGCAUAUAUUUUUACAUGUACUAUAUCUAGGUGUGUGUACAAGUGUGUGUAAAAAUAUAUACUUGUGUGUAAGCAGCCUUUUUUUGGUCUCCCGCCCUGCCCCCUACCGCGGGCCCUUCUGCCCAGCCUCUGAUUUUUCUGUUCUGUUCUUUCUACCCGGAUCACCCUUCUCUCUCGCCUGCCCUCCGUCCCCACUCCUAGGGUGUCUUGAGCCCUGAGCUGCAAAGGCCCGGGCCUGCGGGGCGGGGUGGGGAGGGGAGGGCAGGGCCAGGGCCAAGCCCAGCAGUGAGCUCGGCACACGAGGGGCUGCUCUAUACUGUGUAUAUGACUCAGCGGCGUGGGAGACGUCCUCGUGUCCAGUGCAGGGGGAACCCAGGGCCUGCUCUGGGCCCCAUUCCAGCUUGGCCGCCGUGUGUGACCUUGGGCAAGUCACUCGACCUCUGUGUGCCUCAACUUCCUCCUCUGUAACAUGGGGACAGUCCCAGCCCCUCCCUACCUCACAGGCAUGUUGUGAGAAUAAAUGAGGUAACGUG